ACAUGAAUUUACUUUUGACCCCUUAUCCCACAUUUUAUGUUAUAUGAUUUCUUUGGUGGAUAAUAUGAAUAUAUUGUAUUUUCUUUGGACAUAAUAGCGCCACCUGUACUUGAACUCUGCUACAGCAUCUAUGCUUAUAAUAAUUCCACUCUGUCCUCCACUUUCGUCGCAUUGCCUGCAGAUUCAGCAGUUGAUAAGUUCACCAGGUAUUUUAUAUCUGAAAUCUUAGGAGGGAACAUGGUAUAGAACAUAAAAUAAGUUGUGGCCUUCCUAGUGGUCCUUGUUCCAUCGUCAAGCGAUUGAGGUUGACAAACACCAAUUUAAAGGAGAAUAUGGGCAAGCUUGACAAUGAUGAUACUGUUUCUGGAACUAGCAGAAGAAACCAAUCAGGAAAUACCAACAUGAAGAAAGGAUUCUUUCAAUCAGGGAAUCAUUUUGAUGGCAAGAAUCAAGUGAAUGAAAGUGCUAAGGCUACAAAUUCAGGUUGUCAAACCAGCUGCACUUUCUGCAUGGGUAAAAACAGUUGCCCAAUUGUACGAUCAAGAACAAAAUUAAUGAAUGUUCUGAUUGAGAGAGGAAAACCUCAGGAAGCAAAUUCCAUUUUUGAAAAUCUGAUUGAAGGAGGGCACCAACCAUCUUUAGUAACAUACACAACCCUGUUAAAUGCCUUGACCAUUCAGAAGUGCUUCAAGCCUAUACAUUCUAUUGUCUCACAGGUGGAAGAAAAACAAAUGAAGCCUGACUCAAUAUUUUUUAAUGCUCUCAUAAAUGCAUUUGCUGAAUCUGGGAACAUGGAGGAUGCCAAGAAAGCUGUCCAGAAAAUGAAAGAAAGUGGACUAAGACCUAGUACUAGCACUUAUAACACUUUGAUAAAAGGGUAUGGGAUUGCAGGUAAGCCUGAUGAGUCAAUGAAGUUGCUAGAACUGAUGUCAACGAAGGGAAAUGUGACACCCAAUCUCAAGACAUAUAAUAUACUUGUCAGAGCAUGGUGUAAACUGGAGAACAUUUCUGAGGCAUGGAAUGUGGUGUAUAAGAUGUCUGCUUCUGGAAUGCAACCAGAUGUUGUAACUUUCAACACUAUAGCAACAGCUUAUGCUCAGAAUGGAGAGACUGCUCAGGCUGAAGCAAUCAUUUUGGAGAUGCAGAAGAAUGAUUUGGAACCCAAUGAGAGAACUUGCACCAUCAUCAUAAAUGGAUAUUGUAGAGAAGGUAAAAUAAGGGAAGCCAUGAGGUUCGUAUACAUGAUGGAGGAUCUUGGGUUGCAGCCUAAUAUUAUUGUAUUUAAUUCCCUGGUUAAUGGUUUUGUGGACAUGAUGGAUAGAGAUGGUGUUGAUGAGGUUUUAAAGUUGAUGGAAGAAUAUCAGAUCCAACCAGAUGUUGUAACAUAUAGUACUAUAAUGAAUGCAUGGAGCCAAGCUGGAUUCUUGGAAAAAUGCAAGGAAAUCUACAAUAAAAUGUUGAAAUCUGGUGUAAAGCCGGAUGUGCAUGCUUAUAGCAUUCUUGCUAAGGGUUAUGUGAGAGCACAAGAAACAGAAAAAGCUGAAGAACUGUUGACUGCCAUGAUUGAAUCAGGUGUCCACCCAAAUGUUGUUAUGUUUACAACUAUUGUAAGCGGAUGGUGCAGUGCUGGUAGAAUGGCCAACGCUAUUGGGGUUUUUGACAGGAUGUGUGAACUUGGAAUUUCUCCAAAUUUGAAGACUUUUGAGACCCUAAUUUGGGGAUAUGCAGAAUCAAAACAGCCAUGGAAAGCAGAAGGGAUACUCCAACUAAUGGAAGAGUUUCAUGUUCAACCCAAGAAGUCCACAAUGCUGCUUGUUGCAGAAGCUUGGUGUUUUGCUGGAUUAACACAAGAGGCAAAUACAUUACUGAGUGCUGUAAAAGCCAAGCAGAUGACCAAUUCAACAGAGGAAGAGAGCAAUAUGCCAACUAAAAGCUCAGAGAAAAUUUACCAAAAGCCACAUAAUAGUGCUCCUUUCUGUAGUCUUUUACAGAUCCCAUCUGUAUGUACCACUGAGCAGAAAGGUUCAGCUUUAGCAGCUAGAAGAAAUCGAAGGCUUAUGAGAGAUGCUGAUUUGGAGUCUCCAUUGCUCACUACAAAAUUCAAGUGUCAUUCUCAUAUUUGUAGAUUUGGUGAAGGAUUUUCCAUUAUGAGCACAAAACAGUUUCAAGGACAGCAUGGUACAUACCAACUUGCAAAUUCAUGUACAGCAGUAUUCUUAAACUAAGGGUGUUGGGAAGGUGAACUGCGCGGUUGCGGAAUAUCUUUUUGAUGUAAUUACAAUCUUAUGCUCCACUCAAGUUAUUUUUUUGCUAACAAAAUUACUCCUUAGAUUUUCAUGUAAUCAAAAAUCAAAAGGCUUGUUUUUUAUUCUGCAGCUCACAUUCUCUCAAGGUGCUAUGAGAAACAGGCGGCACCUGUCCCAUCACUCACACUUGUACCCGUUUGCAAUAGUAAUACUUAAAUGUAAAAUA